AUGUCUUCAGAUCACCAGUGGUCAGCCGAGGAGGACGAGGGCCAAUUAUCCCGACUGAUCAGGAAAUCUAGAGACUCCCCAUUUGUCCCCGUAGGUGUGGCAGGUUUUGUGGCUGUGCUAUCCUAUGGUCUUUACAAGUUAAAGAACAGAAGACAUCAGAAAGUGUCCAUUCACCUUAUCCACAUGCGAGUUGCUGCCCAAGGGUUUGUGGUAGGAGCCGUGACUCUAGGUGUUCUCUAUUCCAUGUAUAAGGAUUACAUUAGGCCUCGAUUCUUCAACAUGUCCAGAAAAUGA